AAAAAAAAAAGAUAGAUAACAAUCCCACACAUUCACUCACACUUUUAGAGAAACAGAGAGAGAGAGAGAGAGAGAGAGUGAGAAAGAGAAGGGAAAGUUUUAGUUUUUAUUUUUAUUUAUUUGUUAAAAAAAGAAAAUGCUGUGAAAAAUCUUUGCUUGAUACUGUUUUUGAAGUGUUCUUUCAUUGCUGGGUUUUUGAGGCACUCUUCUACUGAGCAUUCUGAGUGAGAUCGGGUUUUUGGUUGUUGUUAUGUGAGAUUUGGGAGGUGGGUUUUGUGUAGGAGGUUGUUUGUGAUGGUGGGUGAGGAAUACCAUUUGGAUCUGAGAGAGAUUUACUGAAAGAGAAAGGGAGAGUAAUGGAAGGGAACUUUGUUAUGGCUUUUCUUUCGCUCUUCCUCAUCUUCCUGCUUUCUCCAUUAUGCUUGAUUUCAGCUAACAUGGAAGGUGAUGCUUUGCACAGUCUAAGGACCAAUUUACUGGAUCCUAACAAUGUCCUACAGAGUUGGGAUCCUACCCUCGUUAACCCCUGCACAUGGUUUCAUGUCACCUGCAACAAUGAUAAUAGUGUCAUAAGAGUUGAUCUUGGAAAUGCAGAUUUGUCUGGUUCACUUGUCCCACAGCUUGGCCUGCUCAAGAAUUUACAGUAUUUGGAGCUUUAUAGUAAUAACAUAAGUGGAACAAUUCCCAGUGACCUAGGGAAUCUUACUAGCUUGGUGAGCUUGGAUCUUUACUUGAACAAGUUUACUGGUCCCAUCCCAGACACAUUGGGCAAGCUGUCAAAACUGAGGUUCCUUCGGCUCAACAACAACAGCCUGUCAGGACCAAUUCCUAUGUCAUUGACAAAUAUCACAACAUUGCAAGUGCUGGAUCUAUCAAAUAACCAUCUCACUGGUGUAGUUCCAGACAAUGGCUCCUUUUCAUUAUUCACUCCCAUAAGUUUUGCUAACAACCAGGGUCUAUGUGGCCCAGUUACUGGGCAUCCCUGCCCAGGAUCUCCUCCAUUUUCUCCUCCUCCUCCUUUUGUACCACCGCCUCCAAUUUCUGCACCAGGAGGGAAUAGUGCCACUGGGGCGAUUGCUGGAGGAGUUGCUGCAGGUGCUGCUUUGCUGUUUGCUGCCCCUGCAAUUGCAUUUGCAUGGUGGCGUCGAAGGAAACCUCAAGAAUUUUUCUUUGAUGUACCUGCUGAAGAGGAUCCAGAAGUCCAUCUGGGGCAGCUUAAAAGGUUUUCACUACGAGAAUUACAAGUUGCAACUGAUAGUUUUAGCAACAAAAACAUUCUGGGUAGAGGUGGAUUCGGGAAGGUUUACAAAGGACGCCUGGCAGAUGGUUCGCUGGUAGCUGUAAAAAGACUGAAAGAAGAACGUACACCUGGUGGUGAGCUGCAGUUUCAAACAGAAGUAGAGAUGAUCAGCAUGGCUGUUCAUCGAAACCUCCUCCGGUUGCGUGGGUUCUGUAUGACUCCAACUGAGCGGUUACUUGUUUAUCCCUACAUGGCUAAUGGAAGUGUUGCAUCAUGUUUAAGAGAACGCCCACCAUCUCAACCACCACUUGAUUGGCCAACACGAAAGCGGAUCGCAUUGGGAUCUGCAAGGGGUCUUUCUUAUCUGCAUGAUCACUGUGACCCAAAGAUUAUUCAUCGUGAUGUGAAAGCUGCAAACAUUUUGUUGGACGAAGAGUUUGAGGCUGUUGUUGGGGACUUUGGGUUGGCUAAACUUAUGGACUAUAAGGAUACCCAUGUUACAACUGCAGUACGGGGCACAAUUGGGCAUAUAGCUCCAGAGUACCUCUCUACCGGGAAGUCGUCUGAGAAGACAGAUGUUUUUGGGUAUGGGAUCAUGCUUCUGGAGUUAAUCACUGGACAGAGGGCUUUUGAUCUUGCUCGGCUAGCAAAUGAUGAUGAUGUCAUGUUGCUUGAUUGGGUGAAAGGACUUCUUAAGGAGAAGAAAUUAGAAAUGCUAGUUGAUCCCGAUCUCCAGAACAAUUAUGUGGAAGCUGAGGUAGAGCAGCUAAUCCAGGUUGCACUGCUUUGUACACAAGGCUCCCCAAUGGAUCGGCCAAAGAUGUCGGAAGUGGUGAGAAUGCUUGAAGGUGAUGGCUUGGCAGAGAGAUGGGAUGAGUGGCAAAAGGUGGAAGUUCUCCGGCAGGAAGUGGAACUUGCUCCUCAUCCUAACUCUGAUUGGAUUGUUGACUCCACAGAAAAUCUACAUGCAGUCGAGUUAUCUGGUCCAAGGUGACCCUGGCACAGUAGAAGUAAAGAAAAAAUUACGACUUACUUUUUUUUUAAUUAUAAAAUUUUCUUCCUUUUUUUUUUUUUUUGGCCCUCUUUUUCUUAAUGACCAUAUUCUGAUUAUGUAUCCUGUAAGUCAACUCUUGUAUUCAUUACAUUUGUGCAUAUGAGUCAGCUUUGUCAAGGUGCAAUUUGUAUCAUUUGCUGUAGUUUGAUGAAGCCUUGAUGUUUUUUGCCUAGAUGAAGCUGUGGCAAUUCAAUCUUUUGUGCACUCA